UUCAAAUGGGAGGCUACACGAAACCGUGAACGUAUUCAAUGUUUUUUGCGAACAUAAGCCUAUUUCUUUUAAAAUAUUGUACUAUUUUUAAUAACACUACAAUUUAAGAUUCAUCACUAUCUGAUUUAUAGAAAUUUUGAAACUACUCAACAUGGGUAAGAAAAAACAACAGUCCAAGGAGCAAAGGACUGUCAAAGAAGAAAAGGCAACGAAGAAAACCUACUCCCUUCCGUCCAAUCCAAAAGAUGGACAAGCUGCCUCAGAACAGGGAAACCUUUCAAAGGUUACCCUGCCCUCGGGGCUAGAGAGAGAGCUGCUGGACCUUAUACAGACAGCCAAUCAGAAAAGGCCGCUCGAUAAGGAGGUCUCCAAGAGGCUCACACAGAAAAAACUCGUGGACAUCUACACAAACCUAAGCAAUGCAGGGUUCACCCACAAGCAAAUAGAGCAGUCCAUGGAAAACACUAUCCUGCAUGGAGGAGACCUCAUUGACGCCCUCGACUGGCUCUGUCUCAACCUGCCUAAUGACAAGUUGCCGUCCAACUUCUCAGCGGCUAUGCAGCAGGAGGAGGAUAGAAUGAGACCCAAGUUUGACGUUGUCCAGCAGGUCCUGGAAUCCAGUGUGGAAAAAGAGGCAGCAGCCAAGCCCCUGCCACAGAAGAAAAUGGAUAAGGAGAGCGCCCCAGACGAAGUGAAAGUCUCCAGCAAGGACUGGAUCUUGCAGUAUGCCCAACAGGAUUCAGACUCCGAGUCCGGUGUUGGUGACUCUGACAGUGAAAAUGACCCUAAUGAGCGUUACCUGGAACUGACAGCUUUGUUGCUUGAUGCUAAGAACGAGGCCAGCGAGCUCAAACAAGCAGGAAACAAAGCCAAGCUGAAGGAUGUCUCUAAGAAGAUCAGGGAGUAUAUUAUAGAAAUGGACUCUUUAGAAAAAGACCCAAGAUUUAAUCCUGAAGUCAAGCUGCAAGAUAUUGACUCCGACAAAGCUGCCAGUCAACAAGCAGAAUCAGCUGCUAUGUCACAUGACAAGUCACAUGUUCAGUCAUGUGAUCAAACACCGUCAUGUGACCCAAGGGAGGAAGACAAUGAUGAAGAUCUGGGUCUUGAUAUAUUUCAACAAGCUGAAGAAGAGAAACCAGCCCCUAAAGAAAAAACUGAGAAAACGGACAAGAAGAAAGCAGACAUUCGUAGUUUUGAGUACACCCGUCAGCAGUGGACGGGCAAGUCGCCCAAACAGUUCCUAAUUGACUGGGUGAGAAAACACCUGCCCAAGAGCCCGCCGCCAAAGUAUGAAAAGAAAAAUGCCCGGGGAAACCACUUCAAAUGUGUCGUACGUAUAGAACGUCCUAAAGAAGGCCGACUAGAGCUGUGUCCGGAGAUAUUGUGUAACAAUGUUAAAGAAGCUGAACAUCUUGCUUCCACCCUUGCCCUCUACAAUCUCUGUAAAGGUCAGUCAGUGUACCAACUACUGCCCCCUCCUUUCCGAGAUGUGUGGCUGGAAUGGGCGGAUCAAGAGAAACAGGCUGCCCAGGAGGAGAACUCACGAGAAAACAAGCCCCGGGAUACGUUUCUUGCAAAACUUUUCUCCCGUGUACAGAUAUCAGACAAGGGAUCAAAAGUUCAGGGCAGAUCAGAGGUCAAGGACAGUGAGGAUGAUGUAUUGGAAUCAUGGGAAAACUUUGAGGAGGCAGAAGACUUACCUGAUAGGGCAGAUGAGAAAAACAACCGUUCUUUAAAGAGAGCCAUCCCAUUUAAGAAUGUCAAGGAAUCAUACAUGAGGAACCAGCAAUCUAAACUCUAUACAGAGCUACUAGAGACUAGACAACAGUUACCUGUAUACCAGCACAAGGACACGGUCCUAGAAUCACUACAGCAACACAAUGUGGUGCUCGUUGCUGGGGAAACAGGAAGUGGGAAGAGUACACAAGUUCCGCAUUUUGUGUUAGAGGCUUGUUUGAGCCAGGGUAUAGAAAACUGCAACAUCGUGUGUACGGAGCCUAGGCGUAUAUCCACCACCAGUCUCGCUGCAAGGGUCAGUCAGGAGAUGGGAGAAGCCAGGAUGGGAGGUCCUGAUUCUCUGUGUGGGUACCAGAUCAGAUUUGAGUCCAAGUGUGGGCCGAAGACCCGGCUUACAUACUGUACAACGGGCGUACUGCUGCGCAAACUACAACUUGACACAAGUCUGUCACACAUAUCUCAUAUCAUUGUGGAUGAGGUGCAUGAGAGGAGUGUACAGUCAGACUUCCUGUUGAUCGUCCUAAAGCGCCUGUUGAACCAGAGGUCAGACCUCAAGGUGAUCCUGAUGAGUGCGACGCUGGACGCUCAGAAGUUUUCAGCCUACUUCAAACAUUGCCCUGUCAUCAACAUACCUGGUCGUACAUUCCCUGUACAGGUUUACCAUGUGGAGGAUGUAGUGGAACAGACUGGUUAUGUGCUGGACGAUGAUUCACAUUACGCCCUGAACCAGUCACAACUCGUUCAGGAGGAGAGCGCCAGUCUGACGGUAACUGAAAAGGGAGGUAACCAGUCCCAGUUAAAUGCUGUCUGGAGUAAAGAUGAUAUAGGCAGGAUAGAUAAUUCCAAUUUGUCACCAGAAAAGUACUGUCUCAAGACAAGAAAUACUGUAACAAGGAUGAAUAUGAAAAGAAUAAACAUGGAUCUUGUUGUGGACAUUUUACUCCACAUUGAGAUAUCCCCAGACUACGCGGACAUGACGGGGGCCGUGCUGAUUUUCCUUCCCGGCAUGUCUGAUAUCACUGAGCUGUACGAGACUCUCACUAGUGACCGCAGAUUCACAGAAAAUAACAAAUACAGAGUUAUAGCUCUUCAUUCAGCAUUGUCUUCUGCUGACCAGGCUCAGGCAUUCACAGUGCCCCCUGCAGGCAUGAGGAAGGUUGUUCUGGCAACCAACAUAGCGGAAACUGGUAUCACUAUCCCAGACGUUGUGUUUGUAAUUGACACAGGCAAGGUCAAGGAAAACAGAUAUAUAGAGAGCAGCCAGAUGAGUGCCCUGGAGGAAGUGUAUAUCAGCCGUGCCAAUGCCAAGCAGCGCCAGGGACGGGCAGGCAGGGUCCAGAGUGGAGUUUGCUUCAGGCUCUUCACUAAACACAUGUACGAGGGUAUGAAGCCCUACACAAUCCCUGAAUUACUAAGGGUGCCACUAGAGGAACUCUGCCUUCAUAUCAUGAAAUCUGAGUAUGGUAAACCGGAGGUGUUCUUGUCUAAAGCCUUGGACCCACCCCAGCCUCAGAUGGUGAAUCGUGCCAUGUCACUGUUACACUCCAUAGGGGCAUGUGAGGAGGGUGAGCGGUUGUCUCCCUUGGGACACCAUCUCGCAGCGCUACCAGUACACGUACGGAUAGGCAAGAUGUUGCUGUAUGCUGCCGUGUUUGGGUGCCUGGAGCCUGUGGCAGUGAUAGCGGCGAGUAUGACUGACAAGUCCCCGUUUGUUGUUCCCAUCGGGAAGCUGGACAUGGUGAACGCGGCCAAACAGGCCCUCGCUAUCGCAGCCUCUGACCAACUGACCAUCUACAAGGCUUACUCUGGAUGGAGAGAGGCAAGGUCAAAGGGCAGACAAGCAGAGAUGACGUAUUGUCAGAGAAACUUCCUGAAGAGAAACACUCUCCUUGAAAUAGAGAAUGUGAAAACAGACCUGAUAAAACUACUCAGCAGUAUUGGUUUCACAAACACAACAGUACUUCAAAGUACAGAUAUACCAAAGGGUGAGCUAGAAAAAGAUGGAGUUUUGCAAAUUUCCAAGCAUAAAACAAAUCGUGACCUUGACAAAAGGACAAUAAGCAAGGUAAAGGCCAUAUUGACUGCGGGCCUGUAUCCCAACGUUGCCAAGGUUACCUAUGAGGCCCCUGUGGAUGCAGCUGUGAACCCCGACAACAGGGUGUGUGUAGCAGAGACAGCCCAGGGUCCGGCACACGUCCACCCAUCCUCUGUCAACAGGAACCUCCAGGCCAAUGGCUGGAUACUCUUCCAUGAGAAGGUGAAGUCAACACGUGUUUACCUGCGGGACAGCACGCUGGUAUCCGCAUACCCACUGCUACUGUUUGGUGGAGAAAUUCACGUCCAACACACUGACCAACUUCUGUCCGUAGAUGACCGCAUCGUGUAUAAGGCCUAUGCAAAGACAGGUGUCAUCUUUAGGGAGCUGAGAAAACUGCUUGAUGAUCUACUAGCUACUAAACUGGAAGAGCCGGCAUUAAAUAUCUCAGAUGAUCCAUUGGUUGGCUUAAUACAAGAUCUACUCGUGUCCGAGAAAACUAGAUGACCCCUGUUGACAAAGUAGAGACAACUUACAUAGUGUAUUAAAAUAUGUCUUAGGAGAGUUUUGUUUUCAUGUGCUAUAAAUUAAGUUCAUCUUUAAAAGGUAGUCGUAAAAUUAUUUGAAUAAUAUAGCAGGACUAUAUUAUUAUUUUAGGUUGUGUUUUGACCUUGUUAAAAAUUAUCUUACAUCUUUGAAAAGUAACACAGUUUGUCAGAUGAAUUGGACUAUGAUAUAAAGCUAUAUAUUUCUUUGUUAAAAUGACUGUAAUUCUGUUUUGUUAAAUGUUUUUUUGUUAUUGUAAAAACAUCACUCAAUCUACAUCUAAAUGACAUUGUAAUGCAAUAUAUGAAAUUGAAUUUUAUUCAGUGUUAAAUGAAAUUGAUAAUGGAAUGGAUUUCACACAAAACAAAUACCAGCAUGACUGUCUUCUUCAGUUAAUAUAAGUAAAAUAAAAAAUUGUGUGUUUUUCAAAGCUAUCUUUAAUAUUGACUGCAUGCUUUUAUUACAAAGUAUCUUAUCUUGACAUCUUAACUAUUUGCUCUGCUCAGUUUAUAUUUAGCAUUUUAUGCAAUCUGAAUGUUACAAUAAAAGUGAUUGGAGUUGAUUUUGGGUAUAUUCAAAUGCCUUUGCUAUAGAGUAUGAAAAGGUGAAACUUAAGGAAACUUUUUACCUCACAAAUACUUAGUUGAAUAAAGCUUCUGCAAUA